GAGACAACAGGGGCCCCCACACCAAAUAUGCUCCGUCACGCCAAUUUGAAUCACGUGUUACAAUAUGCAACAUUGUGUAAACUGUAAACACUCAAGAGUGACUAGACUAAACUCAUUUUCUCAAGUUUGUCUCCUGUAAGCGCUAGCUGAGCCAAAAUACAACAUACAUCAAUAAUUCAGCGAAUACUAUGCCUGAGCAAGAAGCGAAGAAAACUGACGACUACCUUGACAACAUACUAAAGAUAGCGAAAAGCAACGUUGUAAAUGAUCAUUUAGAAACUCUCAAAAACGUGCCAAGACCGGCUAGAGGCUUUUGUAUCAAAGCUGAUCUUAAAAUGUCUACAAAUGGUCGUGGGGUUGGUGUGUUUGCGGCCGAAUUUCUAUCGGCUGGGACACGGGUCGAAAGAGAUGAAUUAGUGGAAACGAGUUUUACAAAGGAGGAGGCGUACGCGUUUCUAGAAGCGGUACCAAACGACGAGCAAAGAAAAUGGUGGCUAGAACAUAAUUAUUGCUUGGAUGGUGUGAUGAAAAGUGAUAUGGUUGAGCUUGACUCAAUGAUGGUGAAUCAUUGUGAUAAUCCAACUCUAGUUGUACGUGAAGAUGGUUUUGAUUAUACUACGAGAGAUAUUAAUAUAGGAGAAGAAUUGACUGAAGAUUAUAGGACGUAUGAUAUAGUACCUUACUAUGAAGAACUAUGUAAGAAGUAUGGGGCUGAACAUUUUAGUAAUGAGUGGAAAUAAACUAUGCUUGAUUUACGGCCCUGUAUUGCCAUUCCUUUUACAUGGAUGCAGCACACUGCAGGCCGAAUCUACUAGGUAUCUACAUUACCUAUAAACGAGGCCAAGGGGUUAUGACCGACAGGCGACAUUCUUUAAAAAGAGGCGACAGACAUCUAAAAAAGAGCGAUAAACGACAACUUCUGACUGGGAAAAAGCGACAAAUUGUGAUUUGUGUUAUGGGUCAAAAGUGACAGUGACAUUUAUUAUUUAUUAAAACAAGCGACAAAGCAGCUACAAAAUGAGUGACAAGCGACAUCGGUUACACCCUUGGCCCUGGUGUGCCUUAUAAACCAAAUACGGCAAAUAGUGUGUACUUAUUUGCUAUUAUUUGCUUUAAUAUAUUGCUCUAAAGAUAAUAUAAAUUUAAUUAAAGUGGUUUAGCCUUCCAGGAUAUCUGAAAGGCGAGUUUUCAGCAGUGGCGUACUAUGUACUUUAUUAAUAAUAUAUUAUAUUCUAGAAGUAAAUAAUUAAUAUAUGGAAUGGAGACAGGAGAGGAU